AUGGAACGGGUGAGGGAGCAGCGGCCUUUCUGCUCGCUGUCCAAGAGCCAGAGAGACCGAGAGAGAUACUGCGAGAGAGACAAGGAUCGGGAGCGCCGUUACACCGCCUCCUCUGCCGACCGCGAGGAGGGAGCCUGCCGUGUACCCACUCAGAAAUCCUACAGCUCCAGCGAAACGCUCCAGGCCUUUGACCAUGACCCUUCACGAAUGCUGUUUGGAGGCAGAGUCAAGGAGAUGGUCCACAAGGAGAGUGUGGAGUACAGCAGGCCAGGGCAGACGUUUUCGCUGAGGCAACUCGGAAUCUGCGAGCCGCCGGCCCGCAGAGGCUUGGCGCUCUGCCCUGAGACGGGCCUCUCCCACCCGCUCAGCAGCUACUCCCGAGGACCGGCCGCUACAGAAAACCAUGAACCUGUAUCACCGGAACGUACCAUGACUCUUUGGGGAACGGGGGCAAAGUCUGGGCAGGAUUCAUGCCUCUCCAGUCGCUCUAACUCAGCGCUCACGCUCACUGACACGGAAAUGGACAAUAAAUCGGACAAUGAGAUGGGUGACCAUCUAUGUAGUCAGCAAGGCCCGCCUCCUCUGCCACCAGCCCCACCCCCACAUAAGCAGCACCCGUCCAUCACGUCCCUGAGCCGCAGCUCACUGGCCAAUCAGAGGAGCCCGAGCCCGCCGCCCACAGCCGGCCUGGCGGCCGACUUGCAGAGUACGGCGGAAUGCGUCCAGCUGCAGGACAGCUGGGUCCUGGGCAGCAAUGUGGCCCUGGAGAGCAGGCAUUUUCUUUUUAAAACGGGCACAGGAACGACACCUUUCUUCGGCGCAGCAGCCCCUGGUUACACCAUGGCAACGGGGACUGUUUACUCCACACCGGCGCGCCCUUUGCCCAGAAACAGCCUGUCCAGGGGGGCUUUUAAGUUCAAGAAGUCUCCCAAACAUUGCUCCUGGAAGUGCACCGCCCUGAUUGCUGUGGGGAUAGCAGUGGUUCUGUCCAUCAUUCUCUGCUACUGCAUAGCAAUGCACCUUUUCGGCCUCAAUUGGCAGCUCCAAGAGUUGGACAACCAGCCGGCUUUUGAAAACGGAGGAGUUGGGAAGACGGGGCCCACUCAGUCGAGCAUAGUGACAGCUCUGGCUGCUGACGGAAGGACUACGGUGCUCCAUCAGGAGAACAACUCCAUCGACACGGGACAGGUCGACAUAGGGAAGAGGGUGGGUCAGAGCGUCCCGCCCGGCGUGUUCUGGCGUUCUCAGCUCAGCAUGGAGCAGCCACGCUUCCUGAAGUUCAACAUCUCAGUACAGAAGAACGCACUGAUUGGAGUCUACGGACGAAAGGGUCUCGCACCGUCUCACACUCAGUAUGACUUUGUGGAGCUACUGGACGGCAGCCGGCUCAUCGCCAAAGAGCAUCGGACUCAGAGCGAACCGGAGACGAGGGCUCGCCUGGAUCAUCCGGUCACCGUCCACCAAGCCGGAUUCAUCCAGUACCUGGACUCAGGAGUGUGGCACCUGGCGUUUUAUAACGACGGACGUAGCGCUGAGACAGUGUCCUAUAACACCAUCAUUCAGGAAUCUGUCACAGAGUGCACACACAACUGCUACGGGAACGGAGAGUGUGUGGCGGGAUCGUGUCACUGCUUCCCAGGAUUCAUAGGGCCGUACUGCUCCAGAGCUGCCUGUCCGGUCCUGUGCAGCGGGAACGGCCAGUACACCAGGGGGCGCUGCCAGUGCUACAGCGGCUGGAAGGGCACUGAGUGUGACGUCCCUGCCUCCCAGUGUAUCGAUCCUCUAUGCGGGGGACACGGGCUGUGCGUGGCGGGCAACUGUGUGUGCAACACCGGCCACAAAGGACCCAACUGUGAGCAAGUAGACUGUGUGGACCCGACGUGCUCUGGUCACGGAGCCUGUCAUCACGGUGAGUGCCACUGUAACCCGGGCUGGGGAGGGAUCAGCUGUGAGAUCCUGAAGAGCACUUGUCCGGAGCAGUGCUCCAGUCACGGCACCUUCAGCACCGACUCGGGGACCUGCGUCUGCGAGGCCAACUGGACCGGGGCUGACUGCUCCAUAGAGGUGUGCGUGGUGGACUGCGGUCCCCACGGCUCGUGCAUCAGUGGUGUGUGUCACUGCGAGGAAGGCUGGACAGGACCAGAAUGUGAACAGAGGGACUGUCACCCACGCUGCAUCGACCACGGAGUCUGCCGAGAGGGCAAGUGUGACUGCCAUCAGGGCUGGACGGGUGAACACUGCACCAUCGCCCUGGAUUCCAGAGUAUCAGGAGCAGUCAAGAUAGGAUAUAAAGACGGCUGCCCGGGGCUGUGCAACAACAACGGGAGGUGCGUCCUGGAUCAGAACGUCUGGCACUGCAUCUGCCAGUCAGGGUGGAGAGGGCUGGGAUGCGACGUAGCGACCGAAACGCUCUGCUCAGAUGGGAAGGAUAACGAGGGAGAUGGACUCGUCGACUGCAUGGACCCAGACUGCUGCACUCAAAUCGCCUGCCAGGGUCAGCCCUACUGUCGCGGCUCGCCCGACCCCGCCGCCAUCGCAGGCCAGGGCCAGAGUUCAGGCACCCAGCCCACAUCCAAGGGCUUCUACGAUCGCGUCAGUUUCUUGAUUGGCCCCAGCGGCAGUCACGUGAUACCCUGGGACAACCCGUUCAACAGCAGCCUGGCGUCAGUCAUCCGGGGUCAGGUCCUCACGGGAGACGGGACGCCGCUGAUUGGAGUCAACGUGUCUUUUCUGCACUACCCGGAGUACGGCUACACCAUCACACGGCAAGACGGCAUGUUUGACCUCUUGGCCAAUGGCGGUGCUUCUCUGACCCUGAGUUACGAGCGUGCCCCGUUCCCCACACUGCACCGCACAGUGUGGCUGCCCUGGAACGUUUUCCACGUGAUGGACACGGUGGUGAUGAAACGGGAAGAGAACGACAUCCCCAGCUGCUACCUUACCGGCCUGAUCAGGCCCAACCCCCUCAUCCUGGCCACGCCCCUCUCCACUCUGUACAAGACCUCUCCAGAGGACAGUCCCAUCAUCCCCGAGACCCAGGUCCUUCAUGAGCAAGUUGCCAUACCAGGCAGCGACCUCAACCUGGUCUACCUGAGCUCCAGGGCAGCUGGCUACAAGCCCAUCCUCAAGGUGCUGCUGACCCAGGACCGCCUCCCCUUUGGCCUGAUGAAGGUGCACCUGAUGGUUGCCGUCAUGGGCCGUCAGUUCCAGAAGUCUUUCCCUGCCUUCCCCGACCUCUCAUACACCUUCAUCUGGGAUAAAACAGACGCCUACAACCAGAGGGUCUUUGGCCUGGCAGAGGCUGUGGUGUCAGUGGGAUAUGAAUACGAGUCCUGCCUUGAUGUGGUGCUCUGGGAGAAGAGGACGGCCAUGUUGCAAGGCUAUGAACUGGAUGCCUCCAACAUGGGAGGGUGGAUGCUAGACAAACACCACAUAUUGGACAUUCAGAACGGUAUUCUUUACAAAGGCAGCGGGGAAAACCAGUUCAUCUCCCUCCAGCCUCCUGUGAUCUCCACCGUCAUGGGGAACGGGCGCCGCAGAAGCAUCUCGUGUCCCAGCUGUAAUGGGCAGGCCCAAGGCAACAAGCUGCUGGCGCCGGUGGCUCUGGCGUGGGGCAUCGACGGAAGUCUGUACGUCGGAGAUUUCAACUACAUCCGACGAAUUUAUCCAUCGGGCAAUGUCACAAGUAUCAUGGAGCUCAGAAAUAAAGACUUUAGACACAGUAACAACCCGGCUCACCGGUACUACCUGACAACUGAUCCAGUAAGUGGCCAGCUGUACGUGUCAGACACAAACUCCCGGAGGAUCUACCGACCGAAAACCUUAACCGGGACCAAGGAGCUGCAGUCGAACGCAGAGGUGGUGGCGGGGACCGGGGAGCACUGUCUGCCCUUCGAUGAGAACCACUGUGGCGAUGGAGGCAAAGCACCAGAGGCCUCUCUCACUGGACCCAAAGGCAUCGCCGUGGGGAAAAACGGCCUGAUAUAUUUUGUCGAUGGCACCACAAUCAGAAAGGUGGACCAAAACGGCAUCAUCUCCACUUUCCUCGGCUCCAACGACCUGACAUCGGCUCGCCCUCUGACCUGUGACAACAGUAUGGACAUCAAUCAGGUGAUUCUGGAGUGGCCCACGGACCUCGCAGUCAGCCCCAUGGACAACUCUCUAUACGUCCUGGACAACAAUAUCGUGCUGCGCAUCACAGAGAACGGACAAGUGAGCAUUGCAGCUGGCCGACCGCUCCACUGCCCGUUGGCUGGACUGGAGCGCGGUGUGGCUGGUGGACAAAGAGCCCAGUUAACCCCUAUAGAAUCUGCGGUUGCCAUCGCCAUAUCUUACCAUGGUGCCAUCUACAUAGCAGAGACAGAUGAGAGAAAGAUGAGCAGGAUCCGAAAGGUUUCUGUGGAUGGCGAGAUAACGCAUUUGGCCGGGUCUCCCUCCGACUGCGAUUGCAAGAAUGAUGCCAACUGUGACUGUUACCAGACAGGGGACGGUUAUGCCAAAGAUGCCAGGCUCAAUGCUCCAUCUUCUUUAGUGGCAGCUCCAGAUGGAACGCUCUACGUGGCAGACCUGGGCAACAUCCGCAUCCGGGCCAUCUCUAGAAACGGGCCAACUUUCAGCGCCAGUACAUACGAGGUGGCUUCCCCUGAUGCCCAGGAGCUGUAUGUGUUUGACAGCAACGGCACCCACCAACACACUGCAAGCCUGCUCACUGGUGACUUGAAAUACAGUUUCAGCUACAGCACAGAGAACGACAUCACAGCUGUUACUGACAGCAGUGGCAACACUUUGAGAAUCCGGAGAGAUCCUAACCGCACCCCGGUGCGUAUCGUUGCCCCUGACAACCAGGUGAUCUGGCUGACCAUGGGCACCAACGGCGGACUGAAAACACUCACAGCACAAGGACAGGAGCUCGUACUCCUCACUUACCAUGGAAACAACGGUCUGUUGGCUACAAAGACAUCCGAGAUUGGCUGGACAACUUUCUACGACUAUGACAGUGAAGGACGGCUAAUGAACGUGACGUUCCCCACGGGGAUGGUGAAUAACUUGUACACGGACAUAUACAGCGCUUUGACAGUGGACAUCGAGAGCUCCAUGUCAGAGGAGGAAAUCAGCAUCACCACGAAUACCUCAACCAUCCGUGCCUUCUACACGCUGGCUCAGGACCAAUGUAGAAGCAGCUAUCAAGUGGGCUUUGACAACUCGCUGAGGAUUACCUAUGCCAACGGGAUGGACACCCACUACCAGACAGAGCCCCACAUCCUGGCAGGCGCUGCCAACCCGACUGUAGCCAGACGCAACAUGAGCUUGCCAGGGGAGAGUGGGCAAAACUUGGUGGAGUGGCGCUUCCGAAAAGAACAAGCCAGAGGGAAAGUUAUCGUGUUUGGACGCAAGCUUAGGGUCCUGUCGAGAGAAAACGAGAACGUCCACAAGUUGUCAGCUGAAGGUGAGUAA